AUGGCAAGGUGGUCAAUACCUGAUGACAGAAUUAUUACAGAUUUCGGUGACAACCCUAAGAAGUUUGAACAUGCUGGAGUUUAUAUAGAUGUCAACCUAUUUUCAAAAGCUCAUGGGGCCAAAUCUGAGAGAGAACAAGAUUAUAGAGGCGUUAAAGUUAAAUAUGAUGGGGUCAAAUUUUCAUUUGAUCAAUUUCUCAUUGACUUCUUGAAAGAGAUCCAUGCCCAUAAUUCUUUUCGACCUAUUCCACCAAUGCUUGGUAAUGGGCAACUGGUGGAUUUGAAAACCUUAUUCUUAAUUGUGAUAGGGAAAGGGGGGUAUGAUGCAGUCUCUAAAAACAAUUUAUGGAAUUUGGUGGCCGAAAAAUCUGGGUUAGGUGCAAAUAUUGGUUCAUCGGCAAAGUUGAUCUAUUGUAAGUAUUUAGACAUUUUAGAGAUAUGGCUCAUAAAAGUUUCCAAGGGUAGGGUACUUGGUUACAGUUUGAUUGAUGAUAGAAUCAACUUUGAUAGGCAACUGGUGAAGCUUCAAGAUAAAAUAAGAAGGCUAUUGUCGGAUUAUAUCUCUCAAGAUAGAGGAGAUAAGAUAUCUCCUAUUCAUGAUUUCAAGAGUAAGUAUGAUUUUCUGAAUGGAAGUAAAUUGUUUGAUACUGAUAGAGUAAAGAGUAAUGCCCAGGAUGGUGGAUUUCUUGGUUUGGACAUGCCAAGAAACUUGUGCAAUAUUGAUGACGCAAUAACAUUGAAAGAGUCUAGUGGUAGGAAGAUCAUUGCAGAGAAACCAGUAAAUGCAAUAGAUGCAGGGGAUUCAUCUCAUAAUAAUGAAGCGAACAAUAAUGUGCAUAGUUUGCCUAAUGGAGACAAGGGAUUUGACAAUGACGAUGAUGUCUUGAUAUUAGAUCCAUCUAGUGUUAAUAAGGAGAACUUUGGGCGUAAGAGGAAAAGAAAGUCUAUGCAAGAAAUGCUAUGUUGGGUAACUAGCAUUGCAAAGAAUCCAUGUGAUCCUAUAGUUUUUUCAACAUUUGAAAGAUCAAAGUGGAGUUCUCAAAGUGAGGAGGAGAUCAAGAAGCAAGUUUUGUUGUUUCGAGAGGCUGUCUUCAUGAAAAGAAAUUUUGAGUCAAGCAAAGAACAGGAUGAUUGCCAGGGCAUGAGGAUGCAUCCUUCCAUGCAUGAUGAUCACCCAGGGACAACUUGCAAUCCUAGGGAAAAGUUGAAGUGCAGUAAUAACAGGCUUCCACGUAAAAAUGCCGCACCUGUUGUACCAGUCUCAUCAAAAAUUCCGAUUGGAACUGAAGAUGAUUCGAAGAAUACUCAAAGUCCACUCAUUGAAGAUCGUGGUGAGAAAAAAGCCCUUGCUAAAUGUAGCACACUAACCAUCCCUGUAGGGCCAACUCAUCAGGCUUCGGUACCAGACUGGACUGGUAUGACUUCUAAAAGUGAUCCUAAAUGGCUGGGGACCCGAAUAUGGCCAUUAAAAGGUGUAAAUCGUCAUAGACUUCUCGAUCAAAGGGAUCCUAUUGGUAAGGGAAGAAAUGACUUUUGCAAGUGCCAAGUACCAGGAUCAGUGGAGUGUGUCAAAUUACACAUUGUUGAAAAUAGAGAGAAAGUCAAAUUGGAAUUGGAUGUGGCCUUUUACCAGUGGAACUUUGAUAAAGUAGGAGAGGAGGUCAGCCGUUACUGGACAUAUGAAGAAGAGAAAAAAUUCAAGGACGGGUUGAAAUCAAACCUCCCAUCACGCAAGAAGUCUCUUUGGGAUCGUAUGUUCAAAUCUUUUCCUAAGAAAAGCCGAGAAGAUUUAGUCAACUACUAUUUCAAUGUUUUUGUUCUGCGAUGUCGGAGAUUCCAGAAUCGGCAUUCUCCAAAUAACAUUGAUAGUGAUGAUGAUGAAUCAGCGUCGGAACCACUAAUCAAAUCCAAAGCAACUCACUCACUUGCUCGGAAGAAAAUAGUAAGUCUCAUCAAUCCAAUUCAGUUCUCUAGAAAAUACUUUGGGAGAUAG